AUGCCCAACCCGUCGCCGCCCUUGUCGGCCUCCUCAUCUGUUGAGCGCCAGUACCAUGUAAACGGCAGGGCAGCCGUGGUCGCCUCGCGUGAGAGGGGCCCAGGCACACCUAGGAAGGAGAAGCAGGGCCCCAGAGAGAGCUCCGCGUUGCAAGAUCCAGGAUUGAAGGACUAUCGGUUGGGAGAGUGCCUCGGAAAGGGAGCUUUUGGUUCCGUUUACAAGGCCUUCAAUUGGGGGACGGGCGAGGCCGUUGCUGUCAAGCAGAUCAAACUUGCUGAUCUGCCAAAGAGCGAGCUUCGCAUGAUCGAGUCCGAGAUUGAUCUUUUAAAGAACUUACAUCAUGACAAUAUUGUCAAGUACAUUGGUUUUGUAAAGUCGGCUGACUGUCUCAACAUUAUACUUGAGUAUUGUGAAAAUGGCUCUCUUCAUUCGAUUUGCAAGUCUUAUGGCAAGUUUCCCGAAAAUCUGGUUGGUGUCUACAUGACCCAGGUCUUGCAAGGCCUGCAGUAUCUCCAUGACCAGGGAGUCAUUCAUCGGGACAUCAAAGGCGCCAAUAUCCUUACCACCAAAGAUGGGACGGUCAAGCUCGCGGACUUCGGAGUUUCCACGAGCACCCUCGCUGGUGGACAAGACAAGGAAGCCCAGGUCGUUGGCACACCUUAUUGGAUGGCACCUGAAAUCAUCCAGCUUUCCGGUGCCAGUCCUGCGUCUGAUAUUUGGAGUGUGGGAUGCACAGUAAUUGAGUUACUUCAGGGCAAACCUCCGUAUCACAACCUCGCGGCCAUGCCCGCGCUAUUUGCUAUUGUCAACGAUGAUCAUCCGCCAUUACCCGAGGGUAUCUCUCCGGCUGCGCGAGACUUCUUGAUGCAAUGCUUCCAGAAAGAUCCAAAUCUCAGAGUCACGGCAAGAAAGCUUUUACGGCACGCAUGGAUUAUCGGGUGCCGAAGAAGCGAUGCGCCCGUAUCUAAGGCGCCGGCCAAUUUCAGUCAAGCUGUGGAGGAAGUAAAGCAGUGGAACAAAGCCCUCAAGUCCUCCGAGACCUCGCUCAGGGCGUCCACUGGUUCUGACAGUGGAGUUCCCGGGCUGCAAGGACAUCCUGGGUCUAGAUUCAACGCCAACGAACCGCUGCGUCCGAGCCUAAUGAUACAGCCGAAGGGUCCGUUAGCCCUCGCAAAACCGAGACGAACACCUGAAGCCUUCAGGUCCCCCGAGCUUGCAGGUGAGCUUUAUCGUCUUCCCCGGGUGGUUAAACGGGGGACGCAUAUUGACUUGCGACUAGAUGAUGACAACUGGGAUAAUGACUUCGCCACAGCUAUCUCACCAAGUGCCCUGCAACUGCCCCAUCUGAAACCUCAAGACAAUUUUGGAGGUUUGCUGUCUGCUGAUAAACUCAAGGCCUUUGCAUCAAUUACGGAUUCUCGCAACGAUUCUGAGAGCUAUGAUGACGACUUUGAAGGGGAGCUUAUGACUAUCAAGGGGCCACGGUUUAACGAUAUCGACUACCAGGAGCAGACCCUUCGUCCCACACCCCGUAAGAAGAGCGACAAAUAUGUAGAGCCGAUAAAGCUGCAAUCUCCGCCGAAGCCUAGCCCCCGGAAACACUCUAGAAAUUCGUCUCGUCCCAAGUCUCCAAGCAAACCGCAGCUAGGCCAUAGCAAGUUCGAGAUCCCUGCUCCUCCUGACUUUGCGUACCGAGAGCCAAACGUAGACGACUACUCAGACCUGUUCUUUGAUAAUGAUGUUGUAUUCAGCGACAACAAGCUGAACCCCUUUGUUAAGAAGCAGGUGGACUCACCUCAACUUUUCCAUCCUUCUGAUCUUACAAGCUUGCCCCGCUCGACACAAUCACCGUUGGUAGGAAGCUCAAGAAGGCCGACCGGUCAGAAGCUGCGCCCAUCUGUGCUGCCGGAUCGUCCCAUGCGAAGAAGCCGGUCCUCCAUUGAGAUUCAAAAAUUUGCCGAGGAUGAGGGUGACGAGGACUUUUCGGAUAUUUUUGGUCCUGAGGAUGCGGUGACAGAAAGAGAAGAGAGUGAUAGAGGCUCGGAGGAUGGUGGCCUCAUGCUGCUUUCAAAACUCUCGAACAACUCAUGGCUUGGAGACGAUGAAGAUGAGGACGACCCCUUUGCUUCCAUGGACCCAGGCUGGGAUGAGAUGGACCUAGAGGCGAACAUCGCCAGGGAUAGACACGCGCGUCUUGCGGAGAAGGUUGAAGAGCUGGUUCGGUCUCUGAAGACGACCGAAGGGGAGGAGAGGCUCUGUGAACUGUCCGAAGACCUAUUCACGCUGCUAUGGGAGAACGGUGACGUUAAGGAUCUAAUUCUUAGCGCUCACGGCUUGUUACCUAUUUUGGAGAUUCUCGAGCCUUGCACGGUCAAGAGCAAACAGCAAAUGAUUCUGGCGCUCUUAAAAGUCGUCAACACUAUCAUUCUGGACGACGUCGAGAUUCAGGAGAACUUGUGCUUUGUUGGCGGCAUUCCAAUCAUCACCAAGUUCUCGGCUCGCCAGUAUUCAAACGAGAUUAGACUGGAAGCCGCUGCUUUCGUCCGCCAGAUGUACCAGACGUCGACAUUGACAUUGCAGAUGUUUGUUAGUGCUGGCGGACUCAACGUUUUGGUCGAGUUUUUGGACGAAGACUUUGACGAUGCACGGGACUUGGUCUUGAUUGGCGUCAACGGCAUUUGGAACGUGUUUGAGCUCCAAGGACCUACUCCGAAGAACGACUUUUGCAGAAUCUUCUCCAGAAGCAAGAUUUUAUACCCACUGGCACUGGUACUUCAUAGAGUUCUCGAUGAGGAAGGCGAAGACGAGCUCUCUGAGCUCAUCGAGGGCCGAAUUGUCAACAUCUUUUACCUCUUUUCACAGGCCGAGAACUACGUAAAAGAGGUUGUGGCCGAUCGUCAGGUGUUGAAGAGCGUUUUGAAAGAUUUGCGACGCAUGACACCCAACCACCAAAUCACGAUGCUCAAGUUCAUCAAGAACCUGUCGAUGCUGUCUACAACGAUUGAAACACUCCAUACAGCUGAUGCUAUUGAUUUCCUCAUUGAUGUUCUCAGCUACAGCAUGAAGAAGGGACACAGCCACUUCCGAGAGAUCUCUAACCAGGUCUUGAACACUCUUUUCAACCUGUGCCGCCUGAGCAAGGAGCGACAGGAAGACGCCGCCGUUGGCGGUAUAAUCCCCCUCUUGAUGAAGAUUAUGCAGACCGACCGUCCGCCAAAGGAGUUUGCCCUACCAAUCCUCUGCGAUAUGGCUCAUUCAGGAAGCAAGGGCCGCAGAUACCUGUGGCAAAACAAGGGCCUGGACUUUUACGUAUCCCUCCUGGCGGACCAAUACUGGCAGGUCACAGCCCUGGAUGCCAUCUUCAUAUGGCUUCAGGAAGAAACAGCAAAGGUUGAAAGCCAUCUUCUUGACGGGAAGUUCACAGACGCAAUUGUCGCCUGCUUUCACACAAAUAAACUAAACUCUUUUGACGCCAACCUCUUGGAGCCUCUGCUGAAGCUCCUGCGAUUGAGCCCCUCGAUCGCCGGCUCGCUAGCGAAACCUGAGAUGUUUGCCGGUAUUGGCCAGAGACUUGGACACAAGAAGGCCGUCGUCAGACUCAACCUCCUCCGUCUUGUUCGCAACAUCAUGGACGCAUGCGAUCCAGAGAUGCUCGGCAUGGGCAACGGCAGCAGUUCUCUAAACAUCAAGCAAGUGCGGUCCCUUUUCGAUGCUAUUCAAACGCUGGCGGAGAAGGACUCUGCCGUGCUGGUGCGCAACCUCGCGUCGGAGUUGGUCAAGGCAAACAACGAGAGCGAGCUUUACGAUAUGCCUUCAGACAGGAAGGGCUCAUCUGGCUCGGUAUCCUCCCGACGUUCAGGGUCCGGGCCUAGACGCAAGUCUUCAUAUACACCUCCUGGGCUGCAUUCAGCCAUGUCGAUGCCAGUUACGCCCACGCAAUCUCACUCACGUCACCCUCGGCUAUCUCAAAUGGCGUCUGGAUCUAAUGCCGCGUUCAUUGAAGUUGCGGCUAGCCCACGCCGGACGGCUGUGCAGGAGCGGGAGGCUAUCCUUUAUCGUCCAAGGAGCAGAGACGGCGCCAUGAUGCUUCCCAGACGCGUGAGUGGUGAUACGUCUGCGGGCAUGCCUAAUGGCCCAUCAGCGAGUAGGAGCCGACUCACUCGACAAUCCUUUGCGCGGCCUACCAGCUCUAGUUCAUCCGGACAGCCUCCCUUGGUGAGACCAGAGAGUUCAAUGUCGAACAAGGAAAACUUCAGCAGAAAUCCGUCAGCCGUUUCCGCACCCGCUGCAUCGCCAGCCCCCUCAACAAGUGCCGGCGGAAAACGACGCAGGGCCCCUAGUUCCGACGUUAAAUGGCCAUGA